AUGGAAGUCAACACAAAUGAAGAAGCCUCAGAACAGAGUGUGGGAGAAAAUGUGUUGAAGGAUGCCAGUGACAAUAAUAAAGCUACUAACAAAAGCAAGGGAAAAAUUUACUAUUUAAUUGUGUUUUUCAGACAAGACAAAAUAGAAGAUGAUGGUAUAAAGUAUGUAACUAAAAAAGAAGAAAUCGAACAAGAAAAAACAAUGCAACAUUCAACAUCUUGUGUCCGGAGAGGACGUGUAAAUUAUGCUAAAUUCAUUAACACAAAUAUGAGAACUUACAAUGAACCAAUUCCCUACAUAGAUCCAAAAGAAGGGCCCGAAGUGCAGAGUCACUGGUGGCCAUCUGAGUCACAGGAGUGUCGACGACCACCUUUUGACAGUCAGAGUACCCAGAGGAGUGACUUCCAAAAACCAACAGGUCAACUGUCUUAUCCAGUCAAAUUCAGCAGGCUGCAAAAGCCUUCUUGUGGAAUAGUUCCACUUGUCUGUGAGGAUUUAAGAGAACUUCAAAACAAUUUUAGAGAACGCAUCUCUUUUAUACACCAAUACGAUUCCAGGAGAACUCCCAAUGAGCCCAACAGGGGCAAGAGACAUGGAGCUUUUGUGCAGACAGAGUUGAAGCCAAGGAGUGGGCUAGCUCUGAAGGGAACAGAGGUAUUACUGAGUACUUUGGGGUCAUGUUCAUCAAAAUGGUCCAACAACAAAGGCAAUUCAGCAGGAAGCAGAAUGACCUCAGCAGGUCUCUGCAGACAGAAUUCCCAAGAGCUAAAAGACUUGAAAACUCACUUAUCAGAAGCAGACAGCAGACAGUGACAGCCAAGCCAUUCCCCCAGAAGCCGGAGCGAAGGGAGAAGAUGGAAGGCAUCCUUCCAACAACUGCUAGACAGACAUGCUUGUCUCAUCAUGCCCGAGCCCCCCAAACCACCAAUGAAAGUCAGGAUGCCUAUGUUCAUGGAUAAACCUGACCUGUGGUGAUGGCUAUAACCAGAAGACACUCAUUGGGGCAGUGGGCUUGUAGUGCUCAGGAUCAGGAGUAAAAGAACCAAAGAAAGUCAGCCAGAUCUCACCCUA